AUGCAGUCGAGGCUCGACACCAUACUGUCCGAGUCUACAUCGGGGUGCAUCCCGGAGGAGCCUCGGACCCCGUCGGUAGCGCCAUCCCUCACAUUUUCCGACUCGACAGAUGACCACGAGCUCGAGGAACCUCUCGCACAGACGCGACGCCGUCGUGCCUCAACACGUUUAAUUGCUCAGAACGCCGCCGACAUCCAACGCAUCACUGGCGAGUCUACUGCCGAGGUCGUCAGUCGGUGCUGUGGCGGUGGAUGCUGCUUCAAGAAUGCCGCCAAGAAGGAAGGCCUCCAGUUCGAGAAGCCUCGGUUACCAGAAAAUGAUGCUUUCCAAUCGCUCCUCCUUAAGAUUGAUGCGAUCCCCAGCAAAUUGACAAAUGUCGCCGACAUGCCCGAGCAAACAGCUUUUCUUGAGCCGAUCAAGAAGCAAAAGAAGGAUAUUAAAAGCGCACCGUCACCUGCAGACUCGGGUGUCUCACUCGGCGACAACGGCCAGACCGAGACACAGCCCGGGACUCAAACAGAACAGGCGACAGUGGAAAAGGCCGCCAAGAAAUUACAAAGCCUGGAACUAGAUGAUACCGACACACAGAUCCAACCACCAAAAUUCGUUCAGCCACACCCGCCACACAAUGUCUACCCUGCCAAGAUCCACAGCGCCCGUGAGCUGACGCGCCCAGGCGCCGAGAAGCGGACUUUCCACUUUGACCUCGAUAUUACCGAUUAUCCAGACAGCGAAGGUGUCGACUUCAAGGUUGGUGGUGCAAUUGGUGUCUCUGCGCCCAACGAUGCUGCCGUGGUUGAUGAGAUACUCGAUCUUCUCCUGAUCCCGCGUUUCCUCCGCGACAAGCCGGUUCUCCUACGUACUUCGAACGGUCGCUGGCCAACGGUAUGGGGAGAUGACAAGCCCAGGGAGCUGGUUACUACCAGGCGUGCCCUUUUGACAUGGUGCUCGGACUUGCAGUCGUACCCUCCCACCAAGCACCUGUUGAGAAUAUUAGCAGAGCAUACCACGGAUGAGGUUGAGAAGAACGUUCUCAUGUUCCUGUGCGCCGCCGAGGGCCAAGGAGUGUUCUGCGACUUCAGGACAGGACCUCACGUUUCUCUUGUGCAACUCCUUAACGCAUUCCCCAAUUCCAAGCCGCCUCUGGACCAGCUUCUGUCAGUGCUUCAGCCGCUGAUGCCGCGGUUCUACUCCCUGUCCAAUGACCCUCAUAUGUCGUUUGAGGAGAAGGACGGGAAGCGCCACCGCAUCAUUGAAAUUGCCGUCACAGUACACGUCGACAGCGACUGGCGCACCGGCACAAGGACUGGCAUCGGCUCUGGGUUCUUCCAGCGGCAGGCGCUCAAGUGGAUUGCAGCCAAGGAGGCCGGCGUUGCUGACCCGGAGGUGUACAUCCCCAUGUUCAAGGGUCUCAUGGCCAACCCGCUGGCCAAGCAGUUUAUGUCAGACGGGCCCAUGUUGCUGAUCGGAGCUGGAGUGGGUAUCGCGCCGUUCCGAGGCUUUGUGCAACGGCGGCUCAAGACGGCCAACUGUGCCAACAAGGUGUGGGUGCUGCAGGGAGUGCGCGACUCGCUGGUGGACGAGAUCUACAGCGGCGAGUGGGGUGUUCACGAGGAUGAGGUCAAGCGCGUGGUCGAGAGCCGACGUGGAGAGGGCCGAUACGUGCAGGAGGAGGUGCGGGCGCAGGCCGACCUGGUGUGGUACAUCAUCAACUCGGUCGACGGGCGCGUCUUCGUCUGUGGCUCGAGCAGAGGCAUGGGAGAGGGCGUGGAGGAGGCCCUUGUAGAGGUUGCGAUGGAGAAGGGCAACCUGGGGCGCAAUGAGGCGCACAAGUUUUGGGAUCUGAAGAAGGAGGUGGGGCAGUAUAUUGCCGAGACGUGGUAG